AUGAUGCUAAGAAGUCUUUGGAGAUCACCAGCCUUUUCAUUUUCAUACUACUCUAACUUAGAUCUUAGUUGUCCAUAUCCAUCAUUUUAAGCUCGAGAUCUUACAACCACUCAUACAAUGCACUAUAUUACGAAACCACCUUGCGAUCCUAAAAUAAUGACAUUCGGAGCAUUUCAUACUGAUCAUUUGUUAGAGAUUGAUUGGUCAGAGAAAAUGGGAUGGAGCCGACCUUAGAUUGUGCCAUUCAAGAGUUUCAGUAUCCAUCCAUUUUCCGCAUGUUUACAUUACGCAAUUGAGUGUUUUGAAGGGGCUAAAGCAUAUAGAGGGCCGGACAAUUCAAUUAGGACAUUCAGGUUGAACUGUAAUAUGUACAGAAUGAAACAAUCUGCCAAGAGAUUGUCAUUACCUGAUUUUGAUGGUGGUGAGUUAGAAAGAUGCAUUGAACAAUUAUUAAAAGUGGAUAGAGAUUGGAUUCCAGAUAGACCUGGAUUUAGUUGUUAUAUUAGACCAACAUUGAUGGCAACAGAAGAGGCAUUGGGAGUCAGGGCAUCAAGUAGAGCAAAAUUAUUUGUUGUAUUGUGUCCUGUUGGUCCUUACUUCCCAUCUGGUUUAAAACCUGUUAGAGUGUUCUGUAAUACAUCAACAAUUCGAUCAGCUCCUGGUGGAGUUGGAGGGUACAAGGUUGCUGGUAAUUAUGCUCCAACGGUUUUGCCAUUGAAAGAAGUCUAAAAGAUUGGAUUCCAUUAAAAUUUAUGGAUGUUGCCAGAUGGUUUAGUGUAAGAAAUGGGAGUUUGCAACUUAUUUUUCUUUUGGAAAAACAAAUAAGGAGAAAAAGAACUAGUUACACCAAUUUUGGAUGGGACAAUCUUACCAGGAAUUUCAAGAGAUUCAAUAUUGGAACUCACAAGAAAUAUGGGGAAGUUUAAGGUGAUAGAGAAGAAACUGUAUAUUUAAGAGGUCGUUGAGGCAAUGGAGGAGGGGAGAAUGAUCGAAAUGUUUGGAUCUGGGACAGCUGUUAGUAUUCAGCCAAUCGAGGCUAUUGGAUAUAAUGAUAAAAUCUAUGAAGUCUAAUAUGAUUAAAAAUUGAAUGCAGGUGAAUUAUCACAUGAAUUAUUUGAUAUUCUAACAAAUAUUUAGGUAUAGAGUGAGUAUUAAUUUUAGACUGGUGGGGGAGAACAUAAAUGGGUUAGAUCAAUAUGA